CGCCACUGUGGGGCUUCUGCCGGCCGGUAGUCUCCGGCCCUGCUGAGUCAGCAUCGGCUUUUCUACCUCUUGAACCUGGAUUCGCCUAGGGGUUGGGAAGGGCAGUGGACGGCGUUGGGGGAGGCCUGACGAGGGCAACAAAAAGGCUUUAUAAAGGAGUAAAUAUGUCAGCUGGAUCAUGUAGCAUCAAAAGGAAUUUGCUGAGCUCAACAGGAGAAGAUUAAUAAAGAACUCUUCAGAAUUCCUGGUGUUUCAUCAUAUAUACGACUGAGAUAUCAACCCUUCUAGCUUGCUGUUUCUGGACCAAAAAAAAAAUGACAUCUAUUAUCAAAUUAACUACCCUUUCUGGGGUCCAAGAAGAAUCUGCCCUUUGCUAUCUUCUCCAAGUUGAUGAGUUCAGAUUUUUAUUGGACUGUGGCUGGGAUGAGCACUUUUCUAUGGAUAUUAUUGAUUCCCUGAGGAAGCAUGUUCACCAGAUUGAUGCAGUGCUGUUGUCACACCCUGAUCCUCUCCACCUUGGUGCCCUCCCGUAUGCUGUCGGAAAGUUGGGUCUGAACUGUGCUAUCUAUGCAACCAUUCCUGUUUAUAAAAUGGGACAGAUGUUCAUGUAUGAUCUUUAUCAGUCUCGACACAAUACAGAAGAUUUUACACUCUUUACAUUAGAUGAUGUGGAUGCAGCCUUUGAUAAAAUACAGCAGCUAAAAUUCUCUCAGAUUGUGAAUUUGAAAGGUAAAGGACAUGGCCUGUCUAUCACACCUCUGCCAGCUGGUCAUAUGAUAGGUGGAACAAUAUGGAAAAUAGUCAAAGAUGGAGAAGAAGAAAUUGUUUAUGCAGUUGACUUCAACCACAAGAGGGAGAUCCAUUUAAAUGGAUGUUCCCUGGAAAUGCUAAGCAGGCCUUCCCUACUUAUCACAGAUUCAUUCAAUGCUACAUAUGUACAGCCUAGAAGAAAACAGAGAGAUGAGCAGCUUCUGACAAAUGUCCUGGAAACACUUCGAGGUGAUGGAAAUGUGUUAAUAGCAGUGGACACAGCAGGCAGAGUUUUGGAACUUGCUCAACUUCUUGAUCAGAUUUGGAGGACUAAAGAUGCAGGAUUGGGUGUUUACUCAUUGGCACUCCUAAAUAAUGUCAGUUACAAUGUGGUGGAAUUUUCUAAGUCUCAGGUAGAAUGGAUGAGUGAUAAAUUGAUGAGAUGUUUUGAAGACAAAAGAAAUAAUCCGUUUCAGUUUCGCCAUCUCUCUUUAUGUCAUGGUCUUUCUGACUUGGCCCGAGUACCUAGCCCUAAAGUUGUACUUGCCAGCCAACCUGACCUGGAAUGUGGAUUUUCAAGGGAUCUCUUUAUUCAGUGGUGUCAGGACCCUAAAAACUCAAUCAUUCUAACUUACAGAACUACUCCUGGGACUUUAGCACGUUUCCUAAUUGAUAAUCCUUCUGAAAAAAUUACAGAAAUAGAGUUGAGGAAACGUGUGAAGCUUGAAGGGAAAGAACUUGAAGAAUACUUGGAAAAAGAGAAACUAAAGAAAGAAGCUGCCAAAAAGCUUGAGCAGUCAAAAGAGGCAGAUAUAGAUUCCAGUGAUGAGAGUGACAUUGAGGAAGAUAUUGACCAGCCAUCAGCUCAUAAGAUGAAGCAUGACUUGAUGAUGAAAGGUGAAGGCAGUCGUAAAGGAAGUUUUUUCAAACAGGCAAAAAAGUCCUAUCCUAUGUUUCCUGCCCCAGAAGAAAGAAUUAAAUGGGAUGAAUACGGAGAGAUUAUCAAAGCCCGGGUUACCUACAUAGACUAUGAAGGACGCUCUGAUGGGGAUUCCAUUAAAAAAAUCAUUAAUCAGAUGAAACCACGACAGUUGAUCAUCGUCCAUGGCCCACCAGAGGCCAGUCAAGAUCUGGCAGAGUGCUGUCGCGCCUUUGGUGGGAAAGAUAUUAAAGUGUACAUGCCAAAGCUACAUGAAACAGUUGAUGCCACUAGUGAAACUCACAUCUACCAGGUGAGGUUAAAAGACUCACUUGUCAGCUCUCUUCAGUUUUGUAAGGCAAAAGAUGCUGAAUUAGCUUGGAUAGAUGGUGUCUUAGAUAUGAGAGUUUCCAAAGUGGACACAGGGGUUAUUUUAGAAGAAGGAGAACUAAAGGAUGAUGGAGAAGACUCAGAGAUGCAAGUGGAAGCUCCCUCAGAUUCUAGCGUUAUAGCACAACAAAAGGCCAUGAAAAGUCUGUUCGGAGAUGAUGAAAAAGAAACAGGUGAAGAAAGUGAGAUCAUUCCUACUUUGGAACCCUUGCCACCUCAUGAGGUUCCUGGACAUCAGUCAGUUUUUAUGAAUGAACCAAGACUGUCAGACUUCAAGCAAGUUCUCUUACGGGAGGGGAUUCAAGCUGAAUUUGUAGGAGGUGUACUUGUUUGCAACAAUCAAGUAGCAGUCCGCAGAACGGAAACUGGACGCAUUGGAUUAGAAGGCUGCCUUUGUCAAGAUUUUUAUAGGAUAAGAGACCUUUUAUAUGAACAAUAUGCCAUUGUAUAAAGGACAUGAUGUCAAGAAGUAUCUGCUUGACCUUUCUAAGAAAAAGGGAUUCUUAUCUUACUCUGAGCUUUUGAUGUUUUGUUUUGUAACAUACAAAAAGAAUCUGCCAGAAAAACUUACAUGUAUUAGAUUUUUAAAAAUAUAGAGAACAUUUUGCAGAUGCUCAAAGGAGCAUUCUAUCUUUUGGCUUUCAGAGUGAUAGAGCUCUUAACAGGUGCACAGGCCCAAGAGUUGAAGGUGAUUGGUUUUCUUCCUUGUUCUAGAAGGGCUUUUUACUUGAAUAAAACAAUGCAACUUAGCAAACCAAUUCAUGGCCUUAGAGAAACAUUUUUGCAUGAGUUCUUACAAACUGUUUGUUAUACUUUCUGGAGUGAUAAGUGAGAAUUAUUUAGAAAAGACAUGCUCCAAAAAAAAACCAAAACUGAUAAAACAGUUUUUCGAAGCUUAUUUUUAAAAGCAUACAUGCUACGACUCUCUCCAGUUUGAAUAUGCAAUUGUUUUCACAGGCAGGAUGUCUGUUUUCUGCCUAUAUUUCCCAGUGAUUUACUCUAGGGUAAGGUAGUAUACAUUUGGUUCAGAAAUCAAUUUUUAUUUCUCCUAUAUCUUGUUUUAUCAAGUUUUGUUGUGGCAUUUCAAUGUAAAUUAUAACACCAUCAUUUGAGUAUACAUAAUUCAAAAGAACUCCUUGAUGCAGUAUAGUCUUAAGGGUUCUGCAUACAUUUUAGAAACAUCUUAGCCAUAAGUUAGGUCCUGUAUUAAACUGUUUAGUGCUCUGUUUUUAAGAAAACAAAUGUUGAACCUCACACUUCUAUGUGGUGACAGUGUAAUUUAAUUAAAAGAUGUAAAUGUUUUCAUCUCUUAGGCUUGCUGUCUCCUAAGGUCACCCAAGCAGUAGUUGGAUUUUAUACACAUUACUACUAAAAUAAUACUGAAGUUGGAUAAGGUUAUCCUUUCUGUGUUUGUGUCUUUCUUGUGACUAACCACCCUGAUAUAGUAUUAACCACUGUGUUCAAGAGUAAAAACAAUAUAUGCAAUUUUCAUUGAACUUAAAGAGUGAAAACCAUGUAAACUAUUGAAACUAUUGUAAUCCAUUAAUGCUUUUUUAGAAUGGCAGCUCCUUGAUGUUUAUUUCUCAAAUGGUUAAGCCCUCUUCUUUACUCUUAAUUUUUUUUUUUGAGACAGAGUCACCCAGGCUGGAGUGCAGUGGUGAGAUUUUGGCUCACUAUAACCUCUUCCUCCAGGGUUCAAGUGAUUCUCCCACCUCAGCCUCCCAAGUAGCUGGGACUACGGGCACAUGCCACUGCACCUGGCUAAUUUUUAUAUUUUUAGUAGAGACAGGGUUUCACCAUGUUGGCCAGGCUGGUCUCAAACUCCUGACCUCAAGCGAUCCACCCACCUAGGCCUCCCAAAGUGCUGGGAUUACAGGCAUGAAUCACCACAACUAGCCUACCCUUAGAUUUUUGGAAGGAUCGACCUUCUUACUUUACUAUGUGUGGAACAACCCAGUAAUAUCAGACUUGAAUUACUAUUUCAUUCUAUUUCAAAUGCUUACAAAGCUCCUAUUGUUAGAUUAUAGUGUUAAUGCAAAGUUUACAGACUUUUGAUAUGGAAAACCAGAUAAACAAAACAAUGUUACAAAAGGCAAAUAUAAAGAGUAUGUUUUCUUUUUAGUGCUUUAGAAAAAUUUCACUUAAACUCUUAUUACUGUAUAGAUUAAGCACUAUAAUGCUAUUUAUAUUCCAGGGGAAAGAAAAUCUGAAUUUGUUUUAUGGUUUAAAGCAUCUAGUUUACAUAUUGUAUUGUAAUACUGAUACGGUUUGGCUGUGUCCCCACCAAAUUGAAUUGUGUUAAUAGUUCCCAUAAUCCCUACAUGUUGUGGGAGGGACCCAGUGGGCAGUAAUUUAAUCAUGGUGGCAGUCACCCUCAUGCUGUUCUUGUGAUGGUGAGUUCUCAUGAGAUCUGAUGGGUGUUUUUUUUUGUUUUUUGUUUUGUUUUGUUUUUUGAGACGGAGUUUGGCUCCUGUUGCCCAGACUGGAGUGCAAUGGCACGAUCUCGGCUCACCACAACCUCUGCCUCCCGGGUUCAAGCGAUUCUCCUGCCUCAGCAUCUCGAAUAGCUGGGAUUACAGGCAUGCACCACCACGCCCAGCUAAUUCUGUAUUUUUAGUAGAGGCGGGGUUUCUCCAUGUUGGUUAGGCUGGCCUCAAACUCCCGACCUCAGGUGAUCCGCCCGCCUCGGCCUCCCAAAGUGCUAGGAUUACAGGCAUGAGCCACUGCGCCUGGCCCAAGAUCUGAUGGUUUUGUAAGGGGAUUUUCCCCCUUUGCUCGGCACUUCUUCCUGCUGCCACGUGAAGAAGGACGUGUUUGCUUCCCCUUCCACCAUGAUUGUAAGUUUCAUGAGGUCUCCCCAGCCUGUGGGACUGUGAGUCAAUUAAACCUCUUUACUUUAUAAAUUAA